AUGCAUGUGUCAGUGGUGACCGCAGAUGUGAUAUUGCUCCUGAGUAUGGGAUGGACAUCAGACUCUCUCUGCUCACCCACAAUUUUUUACAGAGACUGCUGGAUCCGUCGCUUCCCAGGUCUUCUAGUUGACCUGGAAGAAUCUCAAAAGCUGGGAGCCCAGUUUUUGAAAUAUUAUUCUGAAAGUACUGGCCAGAAGUGCAGUAGGAGCUGCUGUCUUAGGAAGGACGUUUCCUGUAAUCUGGCUGUCUUCUACCAUGAUCCUGUUCAUGACAAUGUCAACUGCCUCCAUAUUCACUGCCCCACACUGGAGAACUGUAUAUUACAGCCAGGAGCUGGUGCCAUUUUGUACAACAUAACAGAAGGUAUAGAUCCAGAUUUGCUGGUCUUUGAACAAUCACCUCCCAGAUAUCUAAAUACUCGUUCUUCAUCUAAUAGGUGGGACAAACUAAGAAUUCUAAAAGCUAUAAAUUUAGAUAAACAGCAAACCACUAUGGUACACCAAAUGCUACUGUCAAUAGAGGCUCCAUCACCAACCACAAAUCAAGAUUUGGUUGUAAAUACAAAUAAUACUGGUUAUUCCAAGGAAUUAACCACAGAUUCUUGGGCAAGAUUCACUUCUGUGAAUGAUUCCAUUACCACAAAGGUAAAUAUGGUGUCACCAAGUACUGAUUUCAUCAACAUUCCAGAUGACAAGACCAUUUCUCCUUUCUUUGUGCCCUCAGACACAAAACUUUCCCAAAUGCCUAUUCCGUCCCAAUUCAAUAGUAGCAAACAAUUACUAAACAAAACCAAAGGGUACAGCACCAGAAACCACACAGCUGAGACUGAAGACAAGACACCUGAUGGGGCAUCUGUGACUUCAAAGAUGUGGCUGGUUCCUGUCGCAUUAUGUACCACUGUCAUCUUUCUUUGCUGUUGUAUAGUCAUCUUGGUAUCUGGAUGCUGUCGGAAGCAACAGGGCCAUUAUAAACCAGGACGGAGAAAGUCAGGAUCCAAACAAAUUAAAAAAUGCUACACUGUGAAGGAGAACUCUUAA